GCCGCCCCCGCGCCCGGCGGGGCUGCCGCGUGCCCGCGUCUGCGCAGCCUCGGCUGCCGCCGCCUGCUCCCACACUCACCCUCACACGCACGCACCCCCCUCUGCCGCGGGUCUCCCCAAUAAAAAUAGCAAGCCACGACGCCAGUGCUCUCCCGGCCCGCGCCUCGCUCUCUCUUGUCUCGCCCGCUAGCUCCCAUCCCAGCCUCCCACCGCGCCCGCCUGCCCCAACAUCCCCCCUCCCCGCUCCGCUCCACGCACGGCUCCAGAUCUGCUACGGCGGCGGCCGGUGGACGCCGCGCCGCGCGUGCCGGAGGCGGUGACGUGAGCGGCGGAUCCUGCCCGGCCGUGCCAUCCUGGCGACGAUGACAGCGUAAGCGGGCGGCGGACGACCGCGCCCCCCCGGCCCCUACUCCCGAGGUCAUUGGCGUGUGCUCCUUGGCAGAAAAUGGCGAUGAUGGUGGAUCCCCCCAAUGGCAUGGCAAGUCAAGGAAAGCAUUACUAUACUAUGUGGCAGACACUGUUUGAGAUCGACACCAAGUACGUGCCGAUCAAGCCCAUCGGAAGAGGAGCUUACGGAAUCGUUUGCUCAUCUGUUAACCGCGAGACCAAUGAAAAAGUCGCGAUAAAAAAGAUAAACAACGUCUUUGACAACCGUGUGGAUGCGCUAAGGACGCUGAGAGAGCUGAAACUCCUUCGGCACCUGAGGCACGAGAAUGUUAUUGCUCUCAAGGACAUAAUGAUGCCUGCGCAUAGAAGGAGCUUCAAGGACGUUUACUUGGUUUAUGAGCUCAUGGACACUGAUCUGCAUCAAAUAAUUAAGUCAUCUCAACCACUAUCCAAUGACCACUGCCAGUAUUUCCUUUUUCAGCUGCUCCGAGGCCUGAAGUACCUCCAUUCAGCCGGGAUACUCCACAGAGACCUAAAGCCAGGGAACCUCCUGGUCAACGCAAACUGUGACCUGAAGAUAUGCGACUUCGGGCUCGCCCGCACGAACAACACCAAGGGCCAGUUCAUGACGGAGUACGUGGUGACCCGCUGGUACAGGGCACCCGAGCUGCUGCUCUGCUGCGACAACUACGGCACGUCCAUUGACGUCUGGUCUGUGGGGUGCAUAUUCGCGGAGCUGCUUGGCCGCAAGCCGAUCUUCCCAGGAACCGAGUGCCUGAACCAGCUCAAGCUCAUCGUCAACGUCCUCGGCACCAUGGGCGAGGCCGACCUCGCGUUCAUCGACAACCCGAAGGCCCGCAAGUACAUCAAGUCCCUUCCGUACGCCCCGGGCGCCCCCUUCACCGGCAUGUACCCUCAGGCGCACCCUCUCGCCAUCGACCUGCUGCAGAAGAUGCUCGUGUUCGACCCGUCCAAGAGGAUCAGCGUCACCGAGGCGCUGGAGCACCCGUACAUGUCUCCGCUCUAUGACCCGAGCGCGAACCCUCCCGCGCAGGUGCCGAUCGACCUCGACAUCGACGAGAACCUCGGCGUCGACAUGAUCAGGGAGAUGAUGUGGCAGGAGAUGAUCCACUACCACCCCGAGGUCCUCACGAGAAUCAGCAUGUGAGUAUGUGAUGUGACCAGACAGGCAGCAAUGAAACAUGUGGACAGAGGUCUGCUGCGCCAGGAUCAUCACAUGUUCGCCCUUCUUACGAGCUUAACUGCGAUUACGGCACCGAGUCGAGGUAUCACUACAUGUAUCGGAACCGUCAGGCGGUCUCUUGUGUAAAUAUGCGCUGAAUAAGAUGUGUGGCAAUCUCUUGUUUUUUGGUUGUACAUGGACCUCGCUGUUGUACGAGUCUGUGAAGUGGAACCCUGGUACUAAGACCUGUAAUUUCAGACCCUAAUCUGUUGUAUGGAAAUCUGAAGGCCUUGACUCCC